AACACCACAUACUUCAAUCAUUAAGAUGGAUUCCUAGUAUGGACUCAGAAUUUAAGCAAAAGAAAGAAAACCUCAUUUGUUCCAAGGGAUUGGUGGGGGAACAGGCAAGCCAGCCAUCACUGCGGAGUUGAAGAAGGGAUUUACUCAGACCUCUGCAUCUUCACUUGCUCGCUCUGGAAUUACAGCUAUUUAUUACGAAGUGCCCUGUGUGGCUGGGUGGAGUGUGCCUGAGGAAAGACAUCCCAGACAUCACCUGGGGUUAGUCUUUCUGAGCCCUUCACGUCUCUAAUUCUCAUCAUUAUCAUGGAGCCCAACAGUCCCAAAAAGAUACAAUUUGCUGUGCCUUUAUUCCAGAGUCAGAUUGCUCCUGAAGCAGCAGAGCAGAUCAGAAAAAGAAGACCUACACCAGCAUCACUUGUGAUUCUCAAUGAACAUAAUCCCCCAGAAAUAGAUGACAAGAGGGUGACCAACACACAAGCUGAAUCACAAAAUGCAUCCCCUAAGCAGAGGAAGCAGAGCGUGUACACACCACCGGCCAUGAAAGGUACUGUUCAGGAGUUAAGCAUCUGAAGGGCCAGAAUGAAUCAGCAUUCCCUGAAGAAGAAGAAGGUGUAAACGAAAGAGAGGAGCAGUGGGACCAUUAAUUACGGGUCUGCAGCAAGAAGGCUUCUUGGGAAUAACUGAACUGUUAACUUUUCUGAAUAUCGUAUGGAAGGCCACUCCUUGACUUCCAGAAGCAUUCUCCACCUCUUCUCUCCACACUCAUACAGUAGUAAUACACCUCCUGGGAAGCUGUCCCUGAUUGAACUUUAGAACUAAAUACAGAUUGUUCGAUAUUACAUCCAAUUAAAGAAUAAACAUUUAUUUUA